CUCUCCCACCCUUCACGCCGCCGCAUCUCCACGCCCCGGCGAUCCGAGCACAAGCAAGCAUGGCCGAGCGCGGCGGCGGCGGCGAGAGGGGCGGCGAGCGCGGCGGGUUCGGGCGCGGGUUCGGCCGCGGCGGGCGCGGCGACCGCGGCAGGGGCGGGCGCGGCGGGCGGCGCGGCCCCCGCCAGGAGGAGGAGAAGUGGGUGCCCGUGACCAAGCUGGGGCGCCUCGUGAAGGAGAACAAGAUCCACAAGAUCGAGGAGAUCUACCUCCACUCCCUCCCCGUCAAGGAGCACCAGAUCGUGGAGCAGCUCGUGCCGGGCCUCAAGGACGAGGUGAUGAAGAUCACGCCGGUGCAGAAGCAGACGCGCGCCGGGCAGCGCACGCGGUUCAAGGCGUUCGUCGUCGUCGGCGACGGCGACGGCCACGUCGGGCUCGGCGUCAAGUGCGCCAAGGAGGUCGCAACGGCGAUCCGCGGCGCCAUCAUCCUCGCCAAGCUCUCCGUCGUGCCCGUGAGGAGGGGGUACUGGGGGAACAAGAUCGGGAAGCCGCACACCGUGCCGUGCAAGGUCACCGGCAAGUGCGGCUCCGUCACCGUGCGCAUGGUGCCGGCGCCCAGGGGGUCCGGGAUCGUGGCGGCGCACGUGCCCAAGAAGGUGCUCCAGUUCGCCGGCAUCGAGGACGUCUUCACCUCGUCGCGCGGCUCCACCAAGACCCUCGGCAACUUCGUCAAGGCCACCUUCGAUUGUCUCAUGAAGACCUAUGGGUUCCUGACUCCUGACUUCUGGAGAGAGACCAGGUUUAUCAAGACGCCGUUCCAGGAGUACACGGACCUCUUGGCUAGGCCAAAGGGGCUCGUGAUCGAGGCACCUGCUGAGAAGAUAGAAGCUUAGAAAUUUUGCAGCAAAGAGCUGAGAAAGAAUUUUGCAUUAUGGCAGCAAGAACUGCUGUCUUAUCCUCAACCUCAACUUAUGUCUUAAAAAAUCCAAAUUUUGAAUUAGCGAACCUUAAUUUAUGUGCUCUGGAAUGUUUAGGUUUCUCUUCACCGUGUUUACAAUUCUCAUAUCCAUAUGAACGCGUACAGCAUUGGUGCAUUUUGCGAGUUUUACUCUCUGUUAUGCUGAAUUGUGUUACCAAUCCUCAUUGAAGGCCGUUAGAACAAAUUAUUAUUCUGGUUGUAUAUCAUUACAAUCUGAAAAUGUUGAGCAGCCUAUACGGGAAUAUUUAUAAAGUAUUAAUCUGCAUCGUUGUAACUUGUAUUA